GUGGGUUGUGCUCAAGAUUUGAUCCAACUACUGAAAGUUUCCUUGUUUAGUAUUUUUUCUUUUUCUUUUUUUUUUUGUUUAAACCGAAACUAAUGUCCAUGGAAGGGUCAAGUACCGGCUCUGUGAGGGGGGAACUGUUACACGGUAACUUAGACAUUUGUGUUAAGGAGGCUAAAAAUCUUCCUAAUAUGGAUCGGCUCGGGAAGUUUACGAGGAACAAUACAAGUGAUCCGUUCGUGACUGUCUUUAUCGCAGGUGCAAAGAUUGGCACAACUUUUGUUAUCAACAACAAUGAGAAUCCUGUGUGGAUGCAGCAUUUCCAUGUACCGGUGGCUCACCAUGCCGAGGUGGUUAAGUUUGUGUUGGAAGACAGUGACCAACUUGGAGCCAAGUUCAUAGGAGAUGUUGGAAUCCCAACAGAGGAGUUGUGUUCAGGGAAUAGGAUCGAAGGGCUGUUUCCGAUACUGAACAGUAGUGGGAAGCCAUGUAAAAAGGGUGCUGUGUUGAGUUUGUCUAUUCAAUACUCUCCAGUUGAAAUGAUGAAAGUUUACCAAAUGGGUGUUGGUAAUGAGUGCGAAGGAGUUCCCGGUACAUAUUUCCCUUUGAGGAAAGGCGGUAGAGUUACUCUAUAUCAAGAUGCUCAUGUUGAAGACGGGACACUUCCGAGUGUAGAUCUCGAUGGUGGGAUGAAGUAUAUACAUGGAAAGUGCUGGGAAGAUAUGGCUUAUGCGAUUAGAAAGGCAAAGAACUUGAUUUAUAUCACAGGUUGGUCAGUUUACCAUCCGGUUAGGCUGGUUCGUCGCAAUAAUGAUCCAACCGAUGGUACAUUAGGGGAUUUGCUUAAAAAAAGAUCUAAAGAAGGUGUUAGAGUGUUGCUAUUGGUGUGGGAUGAUCCAACUUCAAGGAGCUUUCCAAAGUACAGAAAACAAGGAGUUAUGAAAACAAGCGAUGAGGUGACUCAUCAUUUUUUCAAGAACUCGUCAGUGCAAGUGAUUAUUUGUCCUAGAUCAGAUGCUGAAGGUCUCCACGGCUUAGUAAAAAAAAAUGAAGUUGAAACUUACUACACACAUCAUCAAAAAACUGUGAUUGUAGAUGCUGAUGCUGGUCAGGGCCGACGAAAGAUCGUAGGAUUUGUUGGAGGACUAGACGUGUGCAACGGACGUUUUGAUACUCCUAACCAUCCUCUCUUUACGACAUUGAAGACACUCCAUAAAGAUGACGUCCAUAACCCAAAUUUUGUGCCUAAUGCUGAAGAUGGACCAAGACAACCGUGGCAUGAUCUACACAGCAAAAUUGAUGGUCCAGGUGCAUAUGACCUGCUUACUAAUUUUGAACAACGCUGGGAAAAAGCUAUAAAAAAACAACACAAAAUUUGGAAACAUCGGUCGUGUUCUGAUGAUGUUUUGCUUAAGAUUAACAUGAUACCUGAAAUCAUGGGACUAUCAGAAGCUUCUUCUACUAAUGAUAGUGAUCCAGAGUCUUGGCAUGUUCAGGUUUUCCGUUCAAUUGAUUCAACCUCAGUAAAAGGAUUUCCAAAGGACCCAAAGCAGGAUACUGGAAGAAAUGUGAACAGAAUCUUCGAUGUGGGAAGGCAAAUGAUGUAUCAAACUAUAUACAAGGCACUUGUGGAAGCUGAACUUGAUGGUCAGUAUGAGCCACAAGACUAUUUGAACUUCUUCUGUCUUGGAACCCGAGAGGCUUCUGAUGAAACAGUUAGCAAAUAUAGUUCUCGGAAUCAACCUAAGAAAAUUGCAAAGCCAAAUGCCGCACAGGUGCAAGCUUUGAAGAGUCGAAGAUUCAUGAUAUAUGUGCAUUCCAAAGGUAUGGUAGUGGACGAUGAGUUUGUCUUAAUUGGUUCUGCGAAUAUCAACAAAAGAUCAUUGGAAGGAACUAGAGACACUGAAAUCGCCAUGGGAGGGUAUCAACUACACCAUUCAUGGGCUAAGAAAGGCUCUCGUCCUCGUGGUCAGAUCUAUGGAUACAGAAUGUCGCUGUGGGCAGAGCAUCUAGGGUUUCUGGAGCAGGGUUUCGAGGAGCCAGAGAACAUGGAAUGCGUGAGACGAGUUAGGCAUUUGAGUGAGCUCAACUGGAGACAGUAUGCAGCAGAGGAAGUCACAGUGAUGACAAGUCAUCUUCUAAAGUAUCCAGUUCAAGUCGAUAGAACAGGCAAAGUAAGUUCUCUUCCUGGAUGCAAGACAUUCCCCGAUGUCGGUGGCAAGAUCAUAGGGCAUGUUUUAUGGGCUGGAACGAAACCUAUUCAUCUGGAAGUUACCUUGUAGUGCCAACAUCUGUUCUAUAUUUCUCCCUUUUCAAGAAACCUCUUGAGUGUGAUCUGAAUAAAAGCGUACUUAAAGAGUCGAAUUGUGGUUUCUAAAUC